AAGGUGUGGUCGUGCACGCCUACAUGCUGAGCCAGAAAUAGUCUCAACUCUCAAGUCUCUAAUUGGCCUUGGCGCGCAGUUGGCACUCUUUUCUCCAAGCUCCUUCUAAGAUGCUGAACCCGAGGAUAAAUCUUGUUAUCUUGAACAUGUUUCUUCUAUCAAAUUUGAUGGCAGCAGAGCAUUGUGAACUGAUAACAUUAGAAGAACAAUCCAGUGCUAGCUGCCAGCCAUUCAGUGAUUGUUCUGGACUGUUUUGUGCCGAUGCCAAGAAUACAAGCCACGUUCGUUUCACAGUUGAUAAUUGUGAAGACCCAGUACUAGUCAAUGCUACUUUUCAUCAUAUCGAAACUGUCAAUCAUGUCUUUAAUGACUCCUCUAGAAUCAGUUUGGAAUCGCAACAAGAGGUGUCAUGGAACAUGUCGCGUAAUGCAUCUCACCUCUUUGUUCAAGCAACACUAUUGAGCAAUGGGACAACUAACACUCUUGUACCAUUUGCUACAAUUGGGCUCAAUGCAUCUGGGUGUAUGUGUGAUUCAAUCAAUGCUAUUCCUGAGAGAGGAGUGUCUCCUUUUGAAACUGACUGUGUCAAUAACACAGAGUGUACUGGACUGGAGUGUAACUUUACUAUUGGCCCUGUUCAUUAUAAAAUUGAAACUGAAGUCCAGUCUUGCGCUAAUCCGCCUGGUUUUAUUUUUCUCAUCAGGAAUGUAGAUACUAAUUUGAUAAUAUUUAAUCAAUACUUUGAUUCAUCGAAGAAUACGAGCAUCCCUUUUGGACAAGCAUCAAUUCCUUUGGGUGUCACGGUUCAUCACAGGAAUUAUUCAAUGAUUAUUUCUAUUUCAGUUACUACUCCUGCUAAAACAUUUUACCUUGUUCCUGAAUCUCAAAUUAUUUUGGAUAAAACUCAUUGUGAAUCAAACGUUAUUCCUACUAGAUCAACAGCUGUCCCAAGUCCUUCUCCCAAUUCUCCUACUGACCCUAAGAUUUGUAAUGCUUUAAAAAAUAUAGCGCAAAAUCAACCGCAGUGUACUACAAAUCCUGAUUGUGAUACAGUAAUCUGUAAUACUUUAAACUACGAAAGUCAUUUUCAAGUUCUUCCUUGUCAUGAUCCUCCUGGACUUCAUGUUAGGGUAUACGAUGAAAACGAUGAAUUAAUCUAUGAUAAUAUCGUUACUAAUUCGACUGAGGUUCCUUUAUCUGAAUCACUUGGUAUUUCUUUGAUGAUUAAUUUUCAUAGCACUGAUGUUGAUACUUUAGAAUUAGAGGUAAACCUUGUUACCGACAUUGGUACUAUUCCAGUUGUCCCUAAAACUCCAAUUUCAUAUGACCAUUGUUUAUGCCUUAAAGAUGCAAGUGGCUGUUCAGAUGGCAUCUUUUCAACAGUUUUUCCAACAUCUUCCAGUAGCCCAGCUACAAGUAGUAUCUAUUCAACAGUUACUGCAACAUCUUCCAGUACCCCAACUACAAGAAAAAAUAAAAUUGGAUACGUCCUUGUCACUGAAAUAGUGUCUCCUAUUGUUUUCGUGUUUUCUGUCAUCAUUAUAUCAGCUGUGAUUUUGAUAUGCUGCAUUAUUAUUUUAAAGAAAAAACGAUCAAGCCAAAUCUCGUUCCACCGUUUGUCAGUUCAAGCUGAUGAUGAUGACAAUGCUGAUUUGUAAAGAAACUUAUUAUUACAUUCAUAAUUAAUCAUUAUUCAUUCAUCAUUACAAUUUAUUAAUCAUUCUUUUAUUACAUAUUUUCAUGCAUAAUUUACUGCUGUUUAAUUCUUGUCAGAUGUUGGUUUAUUUUUGAUGUUGUGCAGUAAAAUAUUACAAGUAGCAACAGUUGAUACAUUUGUAAUUGUGAACUUACUUGUUUUCUGCAUUUAGUCAUUUUGUGUACCUUGCAUGUACAUUUAUUUCAUAUAAGUGGUUCAUGAUAUUGUUACUUGUAUGUGAUCAUUUUUGAUUAUUAAUUUGUUCAUGCAAUGUACAAGUAGACAAUGUGCAUCUAUUUUUCUAAAGAAUUACUACAAAAUUGAUAAUUAA